AUGUCGUUGGUUUGGCAAAAUGAGGACAAAGAAGAGACGGCUCAAUGGCUUGCAUCACCUGCCACAUGCAAAGCAAUCCUGGAGUCUCUCCUGGGGAAGGUCUCCAGCCUGAAAGGUCAGGCUUGCAUCAUCCACAACAUGACGAUGUACGAGGGCACAUGGGAGAAGGCUGGUCGCCAUUGUGUUUUCAUGUUCAAGCUAUUGUGCAUCACCGUCGACCAGUUGCAGGUGGUAUUGGAUAUGAUGGUUGAGCUCAAUGACGCGUGCUAUUUGGCUUCCUAUUCCGAAACCACCAAUAAUGCAAUCUUCAGCUUUGCCACCACCCAAGUGAAAGACAAGUUGUUGGAGGUGUGCUUCAUCUCAACCUGGGAGGACUGGAAGGCAGCACGUGGACUCAUGUCAGCGGUUACUCCAAAGUUUGUUGCUGAUGCAGACCUAUCGGAGCUGACCCAUCCCAAGAUGCCACAACUCAAGGUUUGCACCAUGACGGCAGCAGGUCAUUUGCAGCUACCAGAUGCAACACGGAAGAAGUGGCUGGAUGAUCCAGUGCGGAGUGAAGUGGAUCUGGCAGAUCCCAAGGCUGUCGCAGAGUUGCCUGGCAACUCAGAUGAGGCUCAACCAUGUGAGACACCACCCAGCCUUUCUGCUGAGGAGUUCAAGCAGAAGCAUCCUGAGGCGAAGGAUUUCAUCACAAAGAAUGAGAACAAGGCGGUGGAGUUCAGGCUUGAGUCAGACAAGAGCUUGGUGUCGAAGCUCAAAUUGUGUUGUUCUAUUGCUUUUGUUUCUGAUGUUCGUGACAUUAUGUUCAACAUUGCCAUGUAUUCCUUUUUUGAGGUGGUAUUGGAAGAGCAGACGGGCCAAGGGCCCCAAGACACGCAACCCAUGUCAUUGUAUGACCUCAUCACGCUAUUGGAGAAACGCAACAUCGUUGACUUUACCAUCACUGGCCACAAAGUUGAACGGCCGGCAUCCGUUUGUCGUGGGGAAGCCAAAGACACUUUCCAAGUGACCCAUGAUGCUUACAGCGUCUACAAGCCAAAUGCUGUCCAGCUCAAGGCUGUGAAGGCUGGCAACUUGGCUGGGGUAAUCGGGACGAAGUCGCUGUCGUCCUCCAAGUACAUCUCUAUGGUAUGGCGCAUCUUG